CAGUGUGUGAAUGUGGCAACCGAGGUAGACAGGGAGGGGUAGAUAGGCUGACCAGACCAUUUUUUUGUCUUUUUUCUUUCUUUUUCUUUUCUUGCCGAGCCUAGUGUUUACAACCGUGGCGUCACAUAAAGUGUGAAUUAGUUUGUGGACGUUGAAGCCCCUCCGCCGCUGCUUUUCUUUGGGACUAACCGUUAAUACCGUUGUGAAAACAGCCCAGAAGAAAGAAGGAGAAACAACAUGGGGCGAUAAUUUAAAAAAAAAGAAGGUGUUAUGAACCGACGAUGACUCCCUGGGAGGAUCCGUGAAGCUUAUUUAUUUUUAUUUAUUCUCCCUCCUCCCUUGUGUGCUUUUUUUGUUUUACUUUUGAAUUUUCUCCGCCCUUGCUACUUUGGGAGGUUGUUUUUUUUUUUUAAAGGAUACGUUACAAGAGAACUGAAGGAUGGACCAAGCCGGCAUCCUGAGAAAGUUUAUCCAGGGGGUGAAGGCCAUGAGCGAGGGGGACGAGGAGAGGGGAGAGGACAACUUCGGCAGCGACUUUAUGCGGUUACGGAGGUUAUCAACUAAAUACCGGACAGAGAAGAUCUACCCCACCAGCGUAGGAGAGAAGGAGGAAAAUGUCAAGAAGAACAGAUAUAAAGAUAUACUGCCAUUUGAUCACACUAGGGUGAAGCUGACGUUAAAAACAUCCAAUCAGGACACAGAUUACGUCAAUGCUAACUUCAUCAAGGGUAUGGAUGGCCCAGAGGCCUAUAUUGCAACUCAGGGCCCACUGCCAAACACUGUCAUUGACUUCUGGAGGAUGAACUGGGAGUACAAUGUAGCUGUUAUUGUAAUGGCUUGUCGAGAGUUCGAGAUGGGAAGGAAAAAGUGUGAGCGGUAUUUCCCGCUGCUCGGGGAGGAGCCCUUGAAUUUUGGCCCCUUCAGAAUCUCCUGUGAGUCCGAGCAGGCCAGAACAGACUACUUUAUCAGGACUUUGAAGGUGGAGAAUGAGAAUGAAACUCGGAGGAUAACGCAGUUCCAUUAUAUGAACUGGCCGGAUCACGACGUCCCCUCAUCUUUUGACUCAAUACUGGAUAUGAUCGGACUAAUGAGAGAAUACCAAGAGAAUGAUGAUGUCCCUAUUUGUGUGCACUGCAGUGCAGGCUGUGGGAGGACAGGUGCCAUCUGUGCAAUCGACUACACAUGGAACCUCCUCAAAGCUGGGAAAAUACCAGAAGAUUUUAAUGUUUUUCGGUUGAUCCAAGAGAUGAGGACGCAGCGACACUCAGCUGUUCAGACCAAGGAGCAGUACGAGUUAGUUCACAGAGCGAUCGCCCAGCUCUUUGAGAAACAGCUGCAGCUACUGGAGAGCCCCACCAACACGCAGAUACACGAUGGCAUGGAUGAAAGCAGUCCAGAUAAAGCAAGCCACCAGUCAGAUGAUGACAGAUGGGACACACCACCUCCAAAACCUCCCCGCGUACGCAGUUCCCAGGCAGAAGGUGAUGUGAAGGAAGAGAUACUUCAGCCCCCGGAGCCGCACCCUGUUCCUCCCAUCCUGACCCCGUCUCCCCCUUCAGCUUUCCCCACCGUCACCAACGUACGGCAAGACAAUGACCGCUACCACCCGAAACCUGUCAUACACGUCCUGGCCACCACACAGAAUAAAGACGCUGACCAGCAGCAGAACCAGUCAGAACCCAGUCCAAACAAACAGACCAGUCCCACAGAGCGGAAGGACCAAGAUCUACAAUGUCGAAAACAGACUCAGGUCUCAAAUCUGGAUCUGAAUGACAACUACAACAAUAAAUCAACAUCGACAAAAUCAGAAUCGGGCCAAAGCCAGACUCACACUCCCUCCUCGCCCCUCUCCCCGGCUGUUGAAUGUUCUGGCGCUCCUCGGAUCGAGAGGAAGCUUAGCAUUGAGAUUAAAAAGGUGCCGUUACAGGAAGGACCUCGUAGUUUUGACACCUCCUCCUCCAUGGGAGUAGCCGGUGGCACAGGCAGCAGUGCAGCCAAUAGCGCAGGAGGGCUGCAAAGAACCCACGCCUUCAAAGCCCGCUCUGGCCAAUCCCUGCUGACGUCUAGCUCCUCGCUGUCAGAGGACUCGGGCACGGAGGGAGGAGCAGGUGGAUGUGAGAGUAAUGCAGAUGGAGGCGUCCUCGCCAGACCAAACCACCUCCCCGUGAAGAGUGAGAAGGGGGAGACACAGGGAGGGGAGAAAGUGGAGGGGAAGGCUGGCCAUGCGGCGUGGACUCAACCCUGCAACAGCCCCGAAAAACAGUUCCCCAAAACCUCCUCCUCUUCUUCCUCCUCAGACCGUGUCGCACCAUCGUCCUCCUCUUCCUCCCACCUCUCCUCCUCCUCUUCCUCCUCCUCCUCUACUCCUGUUAGGACUGCCCUGAGCUUCACCAACCCCCUGCACUCUGAUAACUCGGACGAGGAGGGGGAUGGAGAGAUGUCCGGAGGAAAGGAGGGCUAUCGCACUAAUGUAUCCACAGCGACGGCCAUGGUGACCACAUCCCCUCACCACGGAGACCAGCAGACGGUCCGGAAGGUGGUGCCCAUGUCGAUCGCGGGGCAGAGCGCUCCGUCAAACACAGCAAACUGCUGGGACAGCGAUGACUCCCCUCCCCCCCUCCCUGCGAGGACCCCCGAGUCCUUCCUGCUGGCCACAGACCCUGUGGACGUGAAAACGUCAACCUCGGCUGAAUGGAGCGGUUCAAAUAAAGAUGUGUCAGAGUGCAUUAAGAAGAAGUCUCCAGCUGACCCUGCAUCUGCAGGCACCACAGCGACAGACAGCAAGGCAGACCUGGGUGGGGUUCGGUAACCGCUGCAUUCAGCCCAAAGGCCCUCGGGAACCCCCCCUGGAGUGGACAUGAUGGGACGGCCCGUCUGCCCGUCCACCGACAGUGUCCUCCCCUGUCAGGAGAUGGACUCUACCAAUCUCACCUGGCUGGUCCAAAAAACCUAGUUGAUAGAUGCUACACAGACAGACAUCACAAUUUUACAUAGAAACCGCUUCUGUGUAACUCUGUGCGACACCUCCCUCUCCUCCUCCUCCUCCUCCUCCUCCUCCUCCUCCUCAGUCCUUCCUUCAAAGUGCCACAGUGCAAAGCAGAAGAACACUUAACUGGUCAAGUGGUUGUCCACAUUUUCCUGUUCAGCUUGCUGGUAUUAGAGGUUUUCACUUCUCUAGACACUGACCUGGGAUCAGUCUGGUCAUUUUUUUUCCUGUUAAUGGUUAAAAAUGUAAUUCCUGUUUUUUUCCCUUGUUUUGGUGACUUGGGAAUAGAUGAUGAAAUUGUUUUUCCUUCUUGCUUUAGAAACAUUGUGAAAAAGUGAAGAGGGACGUAGGUGGAACCCUUACACGUUAAAUCAAAUUUCCUUUAAAGCCAAAUGAGAAAAAAGAGCAACUUUUUUCAUCAUAAAUCAGGAAUUAUCUUGAAUCAGAAAAGCUACUGUGGGAAGCUGAUUGCCGAGGUUUAACUGAACUCCCAGACGGUGUCUGCUUCCUCCUACUGAAUGAACAACAAUCUUCAAAGCGAACCUAGAUAAUCUGUUACCCAUGAUGCAACCUUUUCUGUUGGGUAUUUACAGGUUGCCAGGGUGCUCUCUGUCUCUCUCUCUCCCUCUUUCUGUGUGCUGGUGCUACAUUACAAAGGAUCAGCAUAGAAACAGAAGCACUCGAGCUGUCUGUCCCCCCUGUGUUAGCUGCAGUAAUAUCAGCUCCAGUACUUUAUGUUUCUAUGCUGACCUCACUGUUUACCAGAGUCACAGGUUGACAUUGUUUGGUCAUUGCAGAGGUCCGUUGCAGCUGUGUUGGAUCAAAAGUUCCUCUCUGUGACUGUAGCUUAUUUACUUUCCUGCUGAGAGUUAGAUGAAAAGUUACUUUCGAAUGAGCUGUUUAUACCCACAUCGGGGGCAAAUUUUUUAAUGUGAAACAGUCCAAUUCUUUUUUUUUUUCCAGUUUAAAUCUCCAGGUCUGUAGAGAGACCUCUGUAGAUAAUUUAGCUCCCUGAAGCUAUCUGAGAAAAAAAGGUGAGCAUUUGUGCCGAAAAGCAGAAGAGAAACUGUUGCUUUGAAUAUAAUCAGAUUCUGUUAUCACCGUGUUGACAUCUUCAUGUGGCAUUUAAAGGCAAAGCUGAAUGUGAAAUACUGAAAACUAGAACUAAGGAGGUCUGUACCAGGUGAUACAUCAUACAUCUACGAUUUUCAAAGAGUUUAAACAAAUAGUGAUGUUCCUUUCUCAAAUAUUUCACAAUAAAAUGUAAAUAUUAAUUAGAAAAGUACGAAAAAAAUCGAAAUUACUGACCUUAUGUCCAAGAAUUCUGCUUUAACCAGUGUCAACAGGGUUAAAAUGACCUUAAAAAACAUCAGUAAUGACCAAACUGAUCAGCUCUGUGACUCUGGCUCUCACUGCUGGGACCAUGAGCCUGCCUUAGUCCACCUCUCAGAGAAGACAAUGACAGUCCUCUUUAAUUUCUCUCCUCAGUACACUUCUCUCUCUGUCUUUCUCUCUAUUCCUGCUUCUCUUGGUCGUUAUUGGGACUCAAAUUUACUGUUUACUUCUGUUUUUUUGUUGCCUCGGCACUGUCCUGUUUUUUUGUGUCUGUUGCAACUAUUGCUUUUCUGUUCUCACGUUUGGAUGAACAACCAUGCAAGUCAAUUUUUAUUUUAUUUUGGCAGCCGGUUUUCUUACAAUAAACCUCAGUGUUUCAGAGUAGGAAUGUUGCACAUCACCUGAAGCUGUUAUGGGACUUUAUAGAUUUAUAUAAAGUCUGCUUUCCUGCAAAAACCACUUCUCCACAGACCAGACUUGUAUGUUUUUUCAUCCGACAACCAAAUUUUAAAAAUCAUACUGCUUCUGUAUGUGUGAGACGAUGCUGAUAGGGACCCAGGACUACUGUUUUCUCCUUCUCUGCUAAAUCCUCCUCCAUUAGCUACCAUAACUAUACAGUAUAUGCAUUGUUUUAUAAAGAUAAAAACUGUACAGGGCAGUUAGGUAUAUAAUAUUUCAGAUUUUUUUGUUAUCUCUUAAAUAUUCUUAUUAACAGAAGAUGUAAGAAAGUCAGUGCAUGAUGAUGAUGAUUCCUCCCCUACACAGUGUUUCCCUUCAAUCUGUAAAUUAUUCUACUGCCCUAUGUUGUUGUUUUUGUUUUUUUUUUUUUGCUUCUGGCAAAUAUUUCAGGGUUGUUUUUAUUUUUAUGUUUGAGUUAUAUGCUUACAAAGAUUGAGAAAUUUUGUUUUAAUUGGCUGGCAGAGGAAAAGCUUCGACUGCCAGCCAGCCCCCUUUCAGAUAGCGGCAACGGGCUUCAAAUAAGAUUGUAAUAAUAAUAUUAAUGACAAUGAUGAUGAUAAUAAUAAUAAUAAUGGUCGUUUUUUUGUAAAUGGUAUUUUAAAAGUUAUUUUUGUAUACGCGGUUGUUUGUUGCGUCACAGGUCCACUGUUCCCCCACCCAAAACCUCUCUCUUAUCUUCUCACAUACUCUCUCCACCUCUUUCACCUAUUUUUUGUUGUUUUUUUCUGUCUCUUGGCUCUUUAAUGUAGAACAUGCAACAGAGAUGGAUCUCUUGCUCUGGACAUGGAGCACCUCAUUAUUUUCCUCUUCCUUCAUACUUCCCCUGCUGUUUUCUCUCUUUCAUCCCCCUCGCCUCUCACCCUCGUCUCUGCCUUUUUAAUUUUUAAAAGGCUGCCAUUUUUCAACACGUCUGUGUGCCACUAGAUCGGUUCACUUUAAAGGAGACUUAUUAUGCUCAUUUUCAGGUUCAUACUUGUAGUACUAGAACAUGUUUACAUGCUUUAAUGAUGAAAAAACACUUUAUUUUUCUCACUGUCUGUGGUAUAUCAACUGUAUUCACCCUCUGUCUGAAACGCUCCGCUCCAUCACCUGUGUCUUUAAGACCUCCUCCUGAAAAAGCAUAGUCUCCUCUGAUUGGUCAGCAUUUUCGGGUUUCGCAUCUCAGCCCCCCUUUACCGUCAUUGCAGUCGGGGAAUGAAUGUAACGGAGAGUAGCGGCACUUUCUACUGUGAAAAAUUAAAAAUAAAACCUUCUAAACACAACCAGACAUGUUCCAGCAGGAAUACAAACCAAAAUCGGGGAGAAAUUAAUCUCAAAACCCAUUUAGUUAUCGGUCUGAUGACAGUAAGCCCUGGGGGUGAGGGCCAAUAUUUUGGGCUGAUCCAGUGUUGGAUAUCCAAGCCAAGACUUCCUUCUUGUGCGCUGACAUUUCCUCUGUUCUCUAUAAACAGAUAUCAGCAUAUUAAUGCGGAAAGUUUUUUUUAAAAAUGAAGCUAACUCAUCAUAGUAGGUGGGUUCCAAGACUGUAUUUUAGGCCAAUAAUUUUCACCCAGACCCGCAGGAAGUGCACUUUGGACUUUGAAGCCAACUUUUUUAUUGGCCAAACAGUGUAAUUACACCAUCACAUGAUGCCCUGCAGCCCAAAAAGACUUUUUCCCCUUGAUUUACAUGGUGAAAGACGCUUCUGUAAAUCAGUGGACACAUCUUUCGUAGCAUCACAACCCCUGCAGAAUUAAUUGUUUCUCCACUGGGGUUUGAGCCAUUUGGUGUAAUAACAUUUAGAAAGUGUAGAAAAGCCACAAGAUCAAAUAAUUCAAACCAAUUCGGUUUAGUGGAGCACCAAACCGAAAGUUUGCCCUUCGGGCAGCAGAAGUUAGCUGCACGCCUGGACUCAGCAGAGCUUUGCUGUCAUGAGUCUCUAGUGUGCAUGCACGAUGGCCUGCACAGUGCGGAAGUAGUGCUGAUAGUUCCCCGAUCUUCCAGGGUGUUUUAUACAUUACAUUUGAACCAUUUUGGUUUCAUGCACCGCUGAGUAAUUCUCUCAAGAAUGGAUGGGGCCCUGCAUUCAAUCCUGUAUCCAGUUCUCUUAAUACAUCCAUGCCUCCACCUCUCCACACAGACUGUUUACCUGCUGUUAAAAUGUGAUUGGUCAAUACUACUCCAAACUACGAACAAAAACCACAACACUUCUGUUACCAAACUUUUGUCCCGUCGCCUGCAGAUCCUGCAUAUAUAUUCAUUUGGAGAGAUUUAUAGAGAUUACAGAGAAAUGAUCAGCAAUGGCAACCAAGUUUGCAUUUUUUCCAUAUAUUAGCAUGUAGCUACAUGUAGCAGUGUACUGGCAGUCAGAAAAUGAUUGUGUGUAGCGCCACUUUCUCCUGUUAAAAAUCACCAAUAAAAGCUUCUAAACACAGCUUCAUGUUCCAGCGGGUUUCCCAGAUGUUAGCACGUAGCUACGUGUAGCAGUGUAGCUUACGUAAUGAAAACACUUGCAGUAGCGUGCCUGGAGCAGACGACCAUAUAAAGAAAUCUGUUGCGAACUGACGUCAGUUUGUAAAAAAAAAAGAAAAAAGGUGGAUACGGAGGAUUCAUAAGUCUUAAAACUGAUUUUUUUACUCACAGGAAUUACUUUUACGUAUGUUUACCUCAUUAUUUAAAACAUUUAAUAUAAACAGUGACAUUGUAAAAUUAUAAAUAUGACAGAAAAAAACAAAAAAAGAAAGCAUAAUCAGUCCCCUUUAGGUGAUCCAUCUCUUGGUGGUUCAAAGUAAGAAAAAACAUCAGUCAACUGACAAAAAGACGUGCUAAGAAAAAAACUGUCUUUUGAACUUAAUCAUUUGUUUUUCCAGUCUUUUUUUUUUCUGUUUUUUGUCCCUGACUCCCUCACAUGCACACUAGCCUCGAUCUCAGAAAAGAGCCCACCUGUGCCUUUAAGUGAGAGCCCGCCCCGCCCCCCUCGCCCCUCUCCUCCAAUCGUUGUUAGCGGCGUGAGCGUGAGCGAUGUGAUUCGCUGCUGCUUGCUCAUUGCCUCCUGUGGGACUCUCGUUCAGCCCGCCCCCUCACACACACACAAACACACACUUUGUGUCCCUCUUUACACACACACAAACAUAAACACACACACACAAAAUGUUUGUAUGUUGCAGAAAUCAAUCAGUAAAAAUGAACAUUAAGUAAA